GGUAGCAAUCAUUGCUUAUCUCUGCAGAACACAUACAUACACUUCAAUCUUUCUAUGAGACUUAGACCGUUAAUCUACUAUGGAGUUUAGUAUCUUCAAAUCCAUCGAACCUAACGUUAGUGCCUAAUCACAAUGCAACUAGAUUUUCGUUCGUUGUUUUUCAUAUUUUACGUUUACGGAUCAGUGGGCUGUGCUAAUAUUUUGUAUCUGGCAGGGGUUGCGUCUCCUAGUCACGGACUAUGGAAUUUCAAAUUAAUAGAAGCGCUGGCAUCUCAAGGCCACAACCUGACCGUUCUUUCAGUGGACAAAUCAAAAAAGCCAAUCAAAAAUGCCCACAUAAUGGACAUGCAAGAAAUCUACUCAAUGGUUUAUGGCAACGAAAAAUAUGACAUUGAUGAAUUCAUAGGAAUGGACGUUUUUAGUGAAAUCCAUUCAAGUUUUGAAUUUAUGUAUACUUUUUGCAACGCAAUCGGUAAAACCGAUGGUUUUCAAACCCUACUCAACUACCCUGAUGACUUCAAAUUUGAUUUGGUUAUCCAGGAUUUCACCAUCGUUAGCUGUUUGGCUGGUUUUCUACACAAAUUCAACUAUCCUCCGCUGAUAAAUGUGUCACCGUACAAAUAUAUCAUUCCGCAUGCAGAAACCAUUGGAGGACACUUCUAUUCGUCUUAUAUCCCUCGCGCAACAUCACCCUUCAAUGUGAAUAUGACACUCAUGCAGCGAACGAAGAAUCUAAUAGCAGAGACCUACGAAAUGAUAUAUAGAAAGUACAUUUUUCAACCUAGAUUCGACAAAAUGGUCUCAUCAUUCUAUAACAUUAAAAACCUACCCAGCAGUUUCGAUUUAUCACAAAAGGGCGUGCUCACACUUUUAAAUAUUCAUCCCGCAAUAGACUUCCCAGUACCUCUACCGCCAAGUGUUAUCGAAGUCGGAGGACUGCAAAUUUCCGAUCCAAAACCGCUUCCGUCAGAUUUUGAAAAUUUUAUACAGAAGUCCAAAAAGGGAUCAGUUCUGAUAUCCUUUGGAACAAAUAUCAAUAGUGAUAUAUUUGGAGAAAAGAAGCAGAAAAUGAUCAUCGACGUUGUCAAAAAAUUCCCGGACUAUCAUUUUCUUUGGAAAUUUGAGAAGGAUCCCUCAAAUGGCAAGGUGCCAAAUUUAUUGGUUACAACAUGGUUGCCGCAGAAUGAUAUCCUUGCCCACCCAAAAACCAAGACGUUCAUCUCACAUGGUGGAGGUUUGAGUACACAAGAGGCUAUUUGGCAUGGAGUUCCUGUUGUUGCUGUUCCGUUCUUCCUUGAUCAAAACACCAACUCAUACAGCUUAAUAGUAGCUGGCGUUGCAACGUAUGUUGACAUCAAAAAGCUGACAGCUAAGGAUUUAGAGACAGCGCUUCGGACAAUUCUAGAAGAUCCAUCGUACGCUGAACGAAUGAAGUUGCAAUCAUUCCGGUUUAAACAACGACCAAUGAAACCCUUGGAAACUGCACUCUGGUGGGUUAAUUAUGUUCUUAAAGACCCAAACCCGACACAUCUACGUUCACCGGUAAUCGAUUUAGGAUACUUCAAGGCGAAUUCCUACGAUAUAAUCCUAUAUGCUUUCACCUUUUUGAUCCUUCUUUCUUACAUAAUUCGACAUUUUGUUGCUUAUUUAUCAAAAUUGCUUAAUUCCAAGAACUCAUCACAAAAAAUGAAAUUAAACUGGAAUUUCAAAUUAGUAGAAGCACUGGCAGAUCGAGGUCACAAUUUAACAGUUCUUUCAAUAGACAAAUCCAAAAAGCCAAUCAAAAAUGCCCACGUAAUGGACAUGCAAGAAAUCUAUACAAUGGUCUAUGGCAAUAAAAAAUAUGAUUUGGAUGAAUUCAUGGAGAUAAAUGUUUUCAGUGAAAUUCAUGCAAGUUUUGAAUUCAUGUUUAAAUUUUGCAAUGCAAUUGGUAAAACCGAUGGUUUUAGAAACCUACUCAACUACCCCGAUGACACUAAAUUUGACUUGGUCAUCCAUGAUUUCAGUCUAGUUAGCUGUUUGAUUGGCUUUCUCCACAAGUUCAACUAUCCUCCGUUAAUAAAUGUUUCACCGUACAAAUACAUCGUUCCACAUGCAGAAGCCGUUGGAGGACACUUCUAUUCCUCCUACAUCCCUCGCCCAACUGCGCCAUUUAAUGUGAAUAUGACACUUAUGCAACGGACGGAGAAUUUAGUAGCAGAACUCUACGAAAUGUUAUAUAGAAAGUACAUCUUUCAACCUAGAUUCGACAAAAUGGUCUCAUCAUUCUACAACAUCAAAAACCUACCCAGCAGUUUCGAUUUAUCGCAAAAGGGGGUAAUCACGUUCUUAAACAUUCAUCCAGCAAUAGACUUUCCAGUACCUCUACCGCCAAGUGUCAUCGAAGUUGGAGGAUUACAAAUUACCGAUCCUAAACCACUUCCGUCUGAUUUGGAGAACUUUAUACGGAACUCCAAAAAGGGAUCGGUUCUAAUAUGUUUUGGCACAAACGUCAAUAGUGAUCUAUUUGGAGAUAAGAAGCAGCAAAUAGUCAUCGAUGUUGCCAAGAAAUUCCCGGAAUAUAACUUCCUUUGGAAAUUUGAGAAAGACCCAACAAAUGGAAAAGUACCGAACUUAUUAGUAAAAACAUGGUUGCCGCAGAAUGAUGUCCUUGCUCAUCGAAAAACCAAGGCAUUUAUCUCGCAUGGAGGAGGGUUGAGUACACAAGAAGCUGCCUGGCAUGGAGUUCCUGUUGUUGCUGUUCCAUUUUUCCUUGACCAAACUACUAACUCGUACAACUCAAUAAUGGCUGGUGUUGCGACGCAUGUAGAUGUUAGGAAGAUGACUACCGAAGAUUUAGAGACGGCACUUCGAACAGUUCUAGAAGAUCCAUCUUACGCUGAACGAAUGAAAGUGCGCUCAUUCCGGUUUAAAACACGCCCAAUGAAACCCUUGGAAACGGCACUUUGGUGGAUUGAUUAUGUUCUUAAAGACCCAAACCCGACACAUCUACGUUCACCUGUGAUCGGCUUAGGUUACUUCAAGGCGAAUUCAUAUGAUAUAAUCCUAUGCGCUUUGGUCCUUUUGCUCAGUAUUUGUUAUAUCAUUCGAUAUUCUGUUAUUGUUUUCUGUAAGUGGCUAAAUUCCACACGCUCGACACAAAAAAUUAAAUUAAACUGAAUAAAAGCAAUUCUGACAAAGAGAA